CGCACAUCGAGCGCCGUCGGGCGAGCUUCAUCGCCUAUUCGUCAGAUAUUCGCUCACAAAGCCCAGCCCAGAAGCACUGCAGCAAAGCAUAGGAGCCGGAGGUUGGAAGCAGUGGCUCGAUACAGAGAAAGACGAGAGCGAACGCACACGGUAUUUAACAACGAAAGACCAUGCAUGAAGUAACGCUUGAAAUGAACAAACUCACAUCUCCACGAUUGUGAGACUGCGCAGCUGACUUCUGCUCCAAAGGUCGCGGGGCGCCUUCAGCAAGAAUCUGACAACAAAAAGAUUUCGUCAAUAAAAUCUUACGGUUCACCGACUAUAAAAGCCUACCUUUUCGGUCUGAUGCCACCGAGCACGCGUCGACCGCGGCACGCUCUCUUCGGAUAAAGGUGCCAGGUAACGUCGGUAUUGCUUCGGCCGCUGCUUACUGGCCAUAAUGCCGUUUCAUAUGCAGAAGUUUCGGCAGAAUCGGCGUAGCGCUUGUUUGACGAGCAAUAAUGGCGAAGAAUGACGCGGGAAGAGCGGGAAGCGGGAUUAGUAGCGGUACAGUGGCUGUAGUAGCGGGAUUGGCGGGAUGGCUACCCGGGGACCUGGGUACUUCGAAAACGUGAAACGCACGCCAUCGCGCCAUAAACCGCAUUGUAAACAAAACCAUCUUUACAGUCUAUAGUGCUAAUAACAACGUCCUGAACUAAAUAUAAUUCUAAGUUGUAAAAUGAAACUUAAUUUUUUUUUAUUAGAGUUAUCCUUCUCUUCUGUAUUUGCCAUGGGUGUUAGGUGGCCGUCUCGCCAUAUGGCCAGCCGGAGUCGGCGCGCGGUUUCAGUUGAGCCGGUUGAGCCAGUUGAGCUGCUAGUUUUGGUUGCAUCACCUGCUGCGUAUGAGCUUUCAGUUGCUGAAAAGACCGCAGGACAUCUAUUCCUACAGGAAGAAAGGAGAUGAAUUUCGCAUAUGUGCAAUAUUUUACUGGAACAGAACGACCUAAGACUAUCAUCAGUACAUCUGCAAUUAAAAACUUUGAACCGAGAAGUGAGGAUGACUACAAGAAGGGUCACCUCUAUGAUGCUUUGUUGACUCCAGACGGAGGGGAGCCGGGCUGUUUUAAAGCCCAAAUACUACUUUUGGCAGACUCAAAGUCGUCGAUCGAGGAGAGGAUCAAAAGGGGCAAGAGGAUCCCUCUACCUAAAGUCCUUGACCAGGUUGUUGAGCACAGCAGUUCGGAAGACGACCAAGCAGCUCUUCGGGUCGAAAUGGCUCAGCAGAAAUUGAAUCGUACAAGAGAAGCAACAGCAAAGAUGAAGCAAAUAAUUUCAGAAAAGUUGUCUCAGAAGCGCAAGAACCCACUUUUCCCAGAGGCUCGGAGUGCCAAGCAUGCCAGGUACGAAAGCCACAGUGAUACAGACAGUGGGGAUGAUGGUGCUGUUGUUCCCAAAAAGUUGUACGACGAUCUCCAUCAGAAGUAUCUUGCCCUAAAAAAAACUACAAGGGAACUUAAGGAAGACGUUGAAAAGAUGCGGACAAGAGAGGCCAAAAACACAGACAUUCUGGAUGUGAUUCUUGAGGGUGUAAACAGCAUCAAAUCAAAGCUCGAGAGCACUGGAGCAGGAUGCUCAAUAAAUGCAAACACCAAGCAUGAUAUCGUGAAGAAGGCUAAACUCAGAACUGACGGAAGAACGGUCUGUGUAAAUGACAGUGUUACCCUUAGUUUGGACCAAUGGGUCACCUGUCAGCGACAAAAAAAAGAGUCCAAGUUUGUGAGGAGUCUGGCUACUGCCAUAUGGGGACGCAAUAUUUUGAAAAAUCGAUCUACGAGUGGCAAGGUGUCUAACCGUUUGAUAAAUGAUGGAGGUGCUGCGAAGCCACCACUGACUCCAACAAAACUUAAUGUGCUGGAAGCAUGCUAUGAGGACUGGCUACGUGAACAUGGCGCCAGUGGCGAUGUGUUGGCUGAGCGGAUGGCAGCAAUGACCACACACAUAAACAGCGCCGUACGUGACCUGGCCGUGACGUGCGGCAUGCGCUAG